GUACUUUCCGGAGUCGCUCGGCACUGCUCGUCAUCGACCCCUUUCACACUGCGGCUCCAUCGCCGAGCGGACUGGCCCGCUGCUCUCAUCCGAAACCUCAGCGCAGCCUGUCGGAUCUAUUGAAGCACCAGCGCCGGUUCCCUGAAAGCCUCCAGCUUCUGCAGCGAUGCAAGCGAUCAAAUGUGUGGUGGUGGGCGACGGGGCUGUGGGUAAGACCUGUCUGCUGAUUAGCUACACCACCAAUGCCUUCCCCGGUGAAUACAUCCCCACUGUCUUUGACAACUACUCUGCCAAUGUGAUGGUGGAUGGGAAACCAGUGAAUCUGGGCCUCUGGGAUACAGCAGGACAGGAGGACUACGAUAGGCUCAGACCACUGUCUUACCCACAGACGUACUCAAACACACACAUAGAUGUCACUCAACUAGCCAUUUCUCUGGUUCUCUCCCAGGAUGUGUUCUUGAUAUGCUUCUCCCUGGUCAGUCCGGCCUCCUUUGAGAACGUCCGAGCUAAGUGGUACCCUGAGGUGAGACACCACUGCCCUAACACACCCAUCAUCCUGGUGGGCACCAAGCUGGAUCUGCGAGAUGACAAGGACACCAUCGAGAGGCUGCGAGACAAGAAGCUUUCCCCCAUCACCUACCCACAGGGCCUGGCCAUGGCACGAGAGAUCGGGGCCGUGAAGUACCUGGAGUGCUCUGCUCUGACCCAGCGGGGCCUGAAGACGGUAUUCGACGAGGCUAUCCGAGCCGUGCUCUGCCCUCCACCCGUGAAGAAGAGGGGAAAGAGGUGCACCAUGUUCUGAGGAGGAAACACUGCUAAAACACUACACUACAUCACCAUGAACAACAACCACUACUUCUGUGAGAGGAUGAGACAGAAAAACUAGCGAGCGUGAGUGUGCACUGCUGAGAUUGCUUUCUUUAUAUUGAUGUUUUUUCAAAGCGAUAUUGGUAACAAGACCAAUAUUUAAUCAGAUUUUUUUACCAUUACUGAGAAGAUUCAUAGGUUCUUUGUGAAAGACAUUGACUGUCCACCUACUUUGUACUCAUAGAACAAGUUGCCAUGAGGGCUGACAAAGGUUAUUACUUGUCUUCAUACUACAACAUCUAUUCUUUCUCAGCCAUGCUUGCUUGAAUUAAUGCAGUGUUGACUAGAUAGAAAGUGAACUGUGAAUAUGCCUUCAGGUCAGAAGUUACCCUCAGCUCCUGAUCUAAGAUCAGCAUGUGGAGGCAAAAUGCAUAUUACUCGCAUGCACACAGAAAUCAUUUGGAGCUCACAGUAAUAACAAAACAAGAUGUCUAACAUGGAAAUAAUGUCAGAGGUUGAAGGGAAAUUCUGGUUUAUUACAACCUGCGUAUCAAUAAUAACAUCGUACUCACCAAGUUAAUUACUGAGAUUUAAACAUGCAGUCAAGUAAAUCAAGAGCAUGCUUUAAAAUCAAUCCAGCAUUUGUAUAAAUCUUGAAAUUGUCUGCAGAGACCUUUGACAUCUAAGGCGUUGCAGAUACAUAUUACUUAUUAAAGUCGGUGCAUUUUAUAGAAUUAGCACACAGUCCUGGGGCCUGGUAGUGUCCUAGCUUUUGACAUGUGUAACACUGGACAGAGUUGAAGGAGUGGGGGGUUACUGGGACCCAGCAGCUCAUUUUUCCUUCAUCUGAGAGGUUAAACUGGCCAAGUGUAACUGACUGGGCAUGUCCGUCACCCUUUUAAACAUACCAGCCAUUACUUUGAGUGAGUACAAUGUUAUUGAUACUGAUAGCAAAACUCUGAAACAGUAGUCAAAUGUAAGAGUGACUUUUAACUCCAGUGACUGAACAUUUUGCCUGACUCUGGCUCUGGAAAAAAAGAGUGUCUUGAGUUAAGAUGAUUUCUUCUUCGCUGGUUCACGGUCAGUGAGGUGGAAACGAUGUAUCCAAUUUGUGCUAUCCUUUACACAACAUCCUCGACUAGCAUCUGAUCUUAGUCAAGUGUCUCUGGGUAACUUCAUCUAACUGUGAACAUGUGACAGACGAGCAUGCCAAACAUGGGGGCUGUACAACCUUGCUGCCUGAGUUCUGCCUGUGGGGGUGGAGGAGCUUGCAUGGGUCUUAAAAUUUUCUGUCUUAAUUUAUCCCAUUGUUUAGAUCUUGUCUCUGUUCUUGUGUGUAUGUGUGUGUGUGUGAGAAUGAGUGAGUGCGUGCGCGCGCGCGUGUGUGCGUGUCACAGGCGUAUAUAUGAACGCUGGUGUUUGUGUGUGUGGGUGAGCACGUGUCGGUAUCAGUGAGACAGCUUUGUUUGACAGUUUGGGGUAGUGCAUAAAAGACAGUAUUGUUUUAAGCCAAGUUUUUUAGUGUCCGGUUUUUGGUACUAUUUCAUAUUGUAUUGUAGUAAUACACAAGACUUUUCAACAAUCUGUGGACAUAAAGAAAAAAUGGAUAUUAAUGACAUCUAGUGAUGUACAGAAUAAUCCUUAGAAAAGGAAUGCGUUAUGAAUAUCUAUCUACAUGUACCUCAAUAUUUAGCUCUAAAACAAUUCAAACUAAAGGGAUUAUAGUCGCUCAUGUUGAAGUUAGAAGUGUUGCUAACAGUGUACAAUAAAGGGGCCAAUCUUUGUGGAGUUUGUCAUUGUGGCAAACAGUGCAGAUUGCACCUUUAUGAAAUGCAUUUCUGUAUGGUUGCAGGCCUGCAGUGUGUCUGUCUCCCUCACGUGGCGAGACGCAGCACCGCAGUCCAGCUCUGUCACGCUGUCUUUGGUUGGCAUAGCAAACUGUGUGGUUGAAUCAUGUCGUGUGGUCCUGCCUAGCUAAGGUGUCGAGAUGUAGCUGAGAAACGCAGCGAAAAAUUCUAAUCUACUAUUGCAUGGAAGUUCUCUGGUUCUUUGACCCACUGUAAUUCUUAGGAGAGGUUGUAUGAUGAAAUGCAUCGGCCAUGUACGUAUGUAAUGUAAGAUGACUUGUAUACUUGUUCCAACUGUUUGUCUUAUUUUUUAUUACUUCACAUGUCUGUGUGGUGAAAUAUUUCAAUUUUUUGUAUACUAAAUACAAAUGUAUAUGUAAGGUACUAAAA